CGACGACCAUCUCAUGUCACCGCAGCAUUCCCGUCACUCAGAGAAUCACCAUCCCUAGAACUGCCAACACUCAUGUCUCUCUCUAAUUUCUGAACGCCAGCUUGGCACCCUCACGCAACUCGUCGACGAGUUGCCUCUAGUCACUGCUUGACGAAGUUCCACUCAUCGUUUGCCCUACACACCCGUCACGAUGCUUCCUUUAUUAUCGCAAUUAUUUCGGACGCACUUCUUACACACCAACUCACGAUCGAUACCACGCUUACGCACCAGUGCAGCGCGGUAAUACGCAACUUGACCAGCCUGCCACUACCCCGAUCGCGCCUUCCCGCAAGGAAUAGUAUCACGAAGGCACAUAAACUCCACUACGCAACAUGGCCUCCAUUUUCACCUUCGACCCCGAUCCUCCGCGCGUUUCGUCGCCGUGGGCCAUCACACCCAUCGGCAACGUUGCGCAGUCCCCGGUUCCAGCCACGAACUCCCGACGAAUUCCUUCCACUCUCGGUGGUCUUAAGGACGAGACGAGCGUGAAUGCAACAUCCCUUCCCACCGAUAUAGAUUAUACGCAUAUCACAAGGUUGGAGGCAGAACCCCAGGAUGGGCCUACGGAGUACAAGCUGCAUCUGCUGCUCAGGCGACGGCGGUCAUUCACCCGUUCCAGUACCGCACGCCAUAUAUCUGGGUCUAUGCGUCGACCAGACAUACCUAUGCCAGCGGGCCGCAGCGUAUCAGAGUCUGGCGUCCUGGCCAGCACUCCCCCACCACUGGCAUCUACACAGUCAAAGCAGCAUCGUCUGGAGCAGCUGACUACGCAGUUGCUGUGGCGCCUACAGCAGUCAUGCCCAAACCACAUGUCAUCAUCCAUGGCACCCGUCAUACCUCACUUUCCCGACGAUACACGUCUAUCAGCCCCCGAGAUGCCUCAACGUCUGCUGCCGGGAUUAGAGGAAAGUAGUGGUGCGCUCUACGAGAUCGGAGUCGCGGACGACGGAACUAUUGUUGGUCUGGCAGAGGAUGAAAUGGAAGAAAGCUUGAACAACUUACGCGCCAUGGCUGCAAGUCUAGGCUGUGGGGUCGAGGUGAUGCGCAGGGUUCCUGUAGGCGACUGCGAGUGGAUAGAGGAUUUUGGCACCGUACAACAAAGGGUGGUGAAAUCGCAACUACUAGUUGCCGAAGCUCUGGUCCGUCCAGAACAGCACUUAGUCGAUCAUACGAAGAGAAAUCAGCAGGAUGCAUCCGACGUGCCGUCUGACGCCGGUGCUAGCAACGUGGCGGCGCUGGCUAGCGAGUCACCGAGAGUCACCGAGCAGAUGCGUGUAUCCGUAACUGGUGCCACCAUGUCCGGUAAAUCUAGCCUACUGGGCACGCUUUCUACCGCCACGUUGGACAAUGGUCGAGGAAAGAGUCGCUUGAGUCUUCUGAAACACAGACACGAGAUUGCAUCGGGGAUGACCAGCUCUGUCACUCAAGAAUUGAUAGGGUAUCGCGAUGUAGGAGGCCACUCACAGGUGACUAGUUAUGGCUCUGAAGAUAUUGAUUCAUGGAUCGACAUUCAUGCGGCCGUGGAGUCAGCGAAGAACGGCCGACUCGUGUUCCUUUCUGACUCGGCUGGGCAUCCUCGGUUUAGACGCACCACCGUCCGCGGGAUUGUUGGCUGGCAACCACAUUGGACACUUCUGUGCAUUCCAGCUGACAACACCAAUGAGUCUUCUGGCAAGCUCGGAGCAUCACCUUCAGCUGAAGAAAUACUCGGCCCAGCAGCAGCAGAUCUGGAUCUGUCUCGUGCACACCUUCAAUUAUGCCUCGCCCUGGAAUUGCCGCUUGUAAUUGCCAUCACGAAAUUCGAUUUGGCUAAUACAGGCUUGAGAGCCACCUUGCGCAAGUUGUUUACAGUCUUGAAAGCCCACCAGAGGAGGCCUUUCCUGGUUCCCGAUCCAUCUACAUCUGUGCUAGAAGCCGAUCUACACACAAUUGAGGGAGUCGAUCUUGAAAAGACGGACGAGGCUCUAAGUCCUCAUGCAGACUCACCACUUGCGCCAGUGCCGGUAAUAUUGACAAGUGCGGUCAAAGGAACAGGAAUUCGGAACCUUCAUGCAUUCCUUCGACGCCUGCCCAUGCCCGCGGAAACGAACCCAUCAGCAGAUGUAUCAACUUCGCCACUCUUCUACAUCGAAGACGUCUAUAGCGUCCGCACAAAUACAUCGAAUGAUCGAUCAGCGAUCAUUGGGGGCUAUCUCCGCUACGGGUCUCUCGCUGUUGGCGAUGAGCUACUUCUAGGACCCUACCCAGUAGAUGUCAGCUCUGAUGACAGCGACAGCGGUAGCGCGAUACCAAACCGCAAGCCCUCUAUACCGCAAUCGAGGUCAUUUCCCGGUGCACUGAGCACGAAAUCGAAGAAUUCUUCACUGCGCGACCGACACAGUGAGUGGCGACGUGUUCGCAUUACCUCUUUACGCAAUCUGCGUCUACCCGUGCGGACGUUGCAUACAGGCCAAGUUGGUACCAUGGGCAUCGCACCCGUUGAUACACCGAUUGUCAGUCCAUCGAUCAACAGGAUACGCAAAGGCAUGGUACUGUCGGCUCGUGAGCCUAAAGCGCACAAAGUAAUCACAGUGCGAUUCGAAGAGGGGCAAGCAGAAGGCGUCAAGGAUGUCGGUGUCGGUAGCGCAGUCGUUGUCUACAUUGCUAGCGUGAGAGCUUCAUCCAAAGUGCUUUCCGUUGCUGCUGAACGUACCGAAGCCUCUGCGCUGGGCACUAACGGAGACGACGAUGAUGCUUUCGGGUUCGGCUUUGACGAUGAGGUGGAGAACUCAGCGACCGAGGGUGCGCCGCCAGCGGUCAUCGUGACCUUCCAGUUCAUCGCCUCGCGCGAGUUUGUGGAGAUGGGUGCUAAAGUAUUGGUCAUGCCUGGUGGCGGGCCAGGACUUCUCGGAGGUAAUGAGAGGGGAGCUAAGGGUAUGGCUGGGCUGGAAGGAUUUGUUGGCAGAGUAGUGGACGAUGCUUAGUAUAGUCGUGGUCAUGAAAGCCUGCCGUCACGUCUUUCUUGUCUGAGAAUGAUUAGGUCUGCAUCGUUGUAUCGAUUUUAUUUAGCAAUGGCGUUCUAGGUCACUGACGACAUG